AUGCCUUCGCUUUUUAGCAGGUUCAAGCGUCGGUCCAAGGAUGGUAAAUCCGCCCCCUCGAGCCCUACCCCUUCCUCACAUUCCACCGCACAGACGCCCCCUGCUUCCCCUGCUCGGCCUCAAACACACACGGCAUCCCCUCAAAUCCGCGGGCAUGUCUCGCAAGCACCCCCUUCGGAUCAUCCUCGUCCAUCCCUCGACGUCGACGAUAUUCCCCCUCGCUCAACCAGCCUAAACGAGCCAGCUGUCAACAUCACCCCUCACUCGGAGCAGCGCGACCCUCGUCUAAGCUCUUCAGCCACCGCAAGCAACACGGAAAUGGCUUCUGGCAUGCAAAACAUGCAGCUCGACGCGCCGCCUCAACUCCCUCCCCUCCAUCUCCACAAUGACAGCCUCGCCACCACGUUCACAGCGGUAUCGGCUCCGACCAUCCCCAAGGACCCGUCUGCGCCGUCCCUCGAGGUGCAGCGUGAUCAGCUGGUGAACAAGAUUGCCACCGCAGCCAAGGCGCGGAAAGCAGAGCACGGGGAGCUCAGCGAAGCCGGCAGGGCGGCGUUCCAGGCGGCCGGAAUGGACAAGGAGGCCAAUACCAAGGGAUCGCUAGAGGUGGAGACGAGAUACUUGAAGCCGGUGGUACAAGAAACCAUCAUCAUCAAAGAGCACACUGAAACCACCACUAUAAUCGACCAGCACAUUCAUCGGCACCACGUCUACCCGAAAAUCCAGCCCAUUUCCGACCCCAACCCUAUUAAGCUCGAGCCUCGCCACCGCAUCUUCUCCGCCGCAGACGGCAAGUGGCACGAGGUCGUGGGCGAUGCGGCCGCUAUCGCCAUUCUCGGCGAGGACGUCUUCUACAAUGGCAAGAAGGAGGUUCGGGAGGAGCGCAAAAUGGCCUUGCCGGGACUGGGCGGUGAGGUGGACGAGCGGGCAUUCGAGGCGAGGGUUGUGGAACGCGAGGGGAUCAAGGGCGAGAUGGGGAGUUGGCAUCAGCUCAAGGGGAUUGCAAGCGCCGAGACCCCGAGUGCUAUGGUUGGAGAGGGGUGGAUGCUGCCAGAAGAUCAGAUGGGCCCGGCGGAGAAGACUGUAGGAAUUGCAUUGUGA